AUGUCUCCCAAACAAAGGAAAAAAGCUCCCCGCGUGAAAAAGCAAACAUCUUCUGCCUCCGAUUCCUCUUCCGUGACGUCCCCCGUAAUAGCAACAACCAAUUACCGUGAAAUUCACCUAAACGAGGUCGAAGCCCUUCGUUCAAUCUAUGGCGAUGAUUAUGAAGAGGUCGAGACUCGCCGCUCAGCAUGGCAGCAAUCCUCCAACGUGACAUUUAAGCUCCACCUUAGAGCCUCCUCGAAUCCAGAUGUUUUCCUCGUGCUUCUCGUGGAACUGCCAGCUACAUACCCUAAAACCGUCCCGAAUCUAUCGCUGCAGAAACUCGACGAUCUCCGCGAAAAUGCCCGCUCUCGGAUUCAGAAAAUCAUUCGUGAGAAACCGAGAACACUUCUCGGCAGUGAAAUGAUCUAUGAGCUCGCCGUGUCUAUCCAAGAUGUUCUAGAAGAUGUGGCUCAAGCUCGAGAACAGGACAAAGAUCUACCCAGUCUCGAGGAGGAGCGCAUGGAACAAAAGGCUGCGGCGAUCCACCGCGCAGAACUCGAAAAGCAAGAAGAACUGCGGAAACAAGAGGCCGCGCAUGUGGAGGAGGCACGUGCGCUUCAAUUGAUGCUUGAAGACAGGGCUCGACAGCGAAACAAAGCUCAGAUCCUGCGGCGCAAGAGUCGAACCGGUGGAGUAGACUCGAAUGAUGUCGAAGAUCUUGUGGAAAAUACCCCGGGCGCCAUCUCAUUCGACCCGCCGAUCUCGGUCAAUGAUACUGACGAACAACCGCUGAUGUUCCGUGCUGUACAUGGAAAGACUUUGCUGCAAUGCAAACAGGGCAAGAAAACGUUCACCGUGAGGCCUGUCGUUUCCGAGGGCAGGUGCCACGUGCCUCUACUUGUUCUCAAGGAGAUUCUUCUUAAUGAGAAAGGCUCCGACACACUGACAUUCCGAGAGCAAAUGAGGUCUAGCGAGGAUAGGUUGGAGGGCUUGAAACGACUUCGACAUCCAAACCUUGUCGACUUUGUGGGUUUCAAGAUAAUUCGUCCUCUCAGUCACUUUGACUCGCCCGAUAAUGCCUGGACUGUGCUUGCUCUCUUGGAGUUUGCGAAUAAGGGUUCACUGUCGGAGCUUCUCGAUAUUGUUGGCACUGUCGCUGUGGAGACCCUUCGAGGCUGGAUGAUACAACUGCUCGAGGCGUUGGAAUUCUACCAUCGGAGCGGAUUCGUCCAUGGAAAUGUUCACUGCGGCCGAAUUAUGUUAUGUCGGAACACUUCUGGUGGGACCAUUGUCAAGCUCGAAGCUAGUGUUGAAGAGGCCCUGCCAGACUCUCCUGGUGGAAAGCGGUCCUUAACCACAUCCAAGUCCCCGCUCUGGCUACCCCCUGAGCUGACCCAGGAGGGUGCCUCCCCGACCCAGAAGACGGAUGUCUGGGACCUUGGAAUCAUUCUACUGCAGAUGGCCUUUGGAAAAGAUGUCCUUCUGCGGUAUACAUCAGCUAAUCAAUUAAUGGUCUCCUUGGGCCUUUCCCCACCGCUGCAAGAUCUGCUUCGAGAAUUCUUCCGACCAGACCCCAGGAAACGACCUACUGCCUUCCAACUUCAGCCUUCGGAGUUUUUCCGGGUAGAUGCGCCUUUGACGAUGCGCGAUAGGUCUUCGAACUCAGUAUCGAUACAACGACGGCCACGACUCGACUCCUUUGGGGCUAUGCCGGCCUUCUCGCGGUAUCACCAAGACUUUGACGAGGCUGGUCACCUAGGCCGCGGUGGAUUUGGCCAAGUUGUCAAAGCCAGGAACAAAUUGGAUGGCCGUUUCUAUGCCGUCAAGAAGAUUUCUCAGACUUCUGCAGCGGCAUUGAAGGAUACGCUUUCGGAGAUCAUGCUUCUUUCGCGAUUGAAUCACCCUUACGUCGUGCGGUACUAUACUGCGUGGCUCGAGGAAGACUUUAACCACAUCGAAGAGGAAGCAAUCUCGUCGACCGAGGGCGAUCCAUUUGCCAGUCAAGACCACCGUGGAUUUAGUACUGGUGGUCUGGACUUUAUCAGUUCCAGCGGGUAUCCGAAGAUUGAAUUCGCCGCAUCGGACAGUGAAGAUGAAAACGAGGGAACGAUUUCGGACCGAAGACAUCACGAUACCCCCGAGACCUAUGAGACUGGUACUGGCACCGAACACAGUGAAGUUAGCCGCGCACAGUCUGGCUCAUACGGUCGACCUAUCCUCACCACGCUUUACAUUCAAAUGGAGUAUUGCGAGAAACAUACACUGCGUGAUUUGAUCAAAAACGGCUUGUACGACGACAUAGACCGCUCCUGGCGUUUGUUCCGACAGAUUCUCGAUGGCUUGAGCCACAUUCACAGUCAUGGCAUUAUUCAUAGAGACUUGAAACCCGAUAAUAUUUUCAUCGACGUCGCCAAUAAUCCCCGUAUUGGAGACUUUGGCCUUGCUACCAGUGGGCAAUUCAUGACUGCUGUACGCUCGUCGGCGGCAGCGGAUUUUGAAGGUGACUUCACCCGCAGUCUAGGCACGACCUACUAUGUUGCACCUGAAAUGAAGUCAGGAUUACCGGGCCACUACAAUGAGAAGGUCGAUAUGUUCUCCCUUGGUGUCAUUUUCUUCGAGAUGUGCCACCCACUGACGACUGGUAUGGAGCGUGAUCAAACUCUACGCUCCAUCAGAGAAAAGUAUCAUACUCUGCCGCCCACAUUUCAACAGUCCGAGAAGGUCGUCCAAGGGCAGAUCAUCGAGUCUCUAUUGAGCCACAACCCCGCUGAGCGUCCUACAGCUUCUGAGCUCCUUUCCAGUGGUCGUAUCCCUCUUCAGGUUGAAGAAGAAACCUUCAGACGGGCUAUUGUUCACUUGUUAUCCGACCCUGAUUCUCCAGAUUACAAGAAAAUUCUGACUGCGAUAUUCUCUCAAUCUCCGAAGAAAUUCGAGGAUAUCGCCUGGGACAUGGACUCGCAAACAAACCCGGCAGCCAACGAACUCCUCGUGCAGGGACUCGUCAAGAAGCGGCUGACUUCAAUCUUCCGCAGACACGGCGCUGUAGAGUCGCCAAGACAGAUGCUGUUCCCACGCUCUCAGCACUAUUCCUCGGGCGCCGUGCGCUUGUUGGAUGCGUCGGGCAAUUUGUUACAGUUGCCCUUUGAUCUGACAGUCCCCAAUGCACGAGCAAUCCCCCGACAAGAUCCCUCCCUGGAGAAGACCUUUGCGUUUGGAACGGUUUACAGAGAGUCUACUCACGGCAGUGAGCCUCGGACCCACCGGGAAGUCGACUUUGACAUCGUCUCCUACAACACUCUAGACCUAGCUCUGAAGGAAGCAGAAGUGAUCAAAGUCCUCGACGAGAUCAUCGAUGAGUUCCCGCCCCUUCGGUCUGCCACAAUGUGCUUCCUGGUCAAUCAUUCCGAUCUCCUGCAGCUCAUCAUGGAAUUCUGUCGUAUUACUCCUUCUCAAAUACCACUCGUGAAGGACGUAAUCAGCAAGCUGAACGUCGGGAAAUACACGAUGCAAAAGAUCCGGAGUGAACUCCGGUCCCCGUCAAUUGGAGUUGCAUCGACCUCCUUGGAUGAUCUUGCACGAUUCGACUUUAGAGACUCUCCCAAGGAGGCCCGUCGCAGGCUUCAAAACAUUAUGGAAGGCACCGAAUUUGCCGAGCGAAUUCCUCCCAUCUUUGCUCGCUUGAAUGUCCUAAUGGCUUAUCUGCAGAGCUUUGGCGUUAAGCGCAAGGUUUACAUCAACCCGCUUAGCAGCUUGCACGACAAAUUCUACCGAGGUAGCAUCUUGUUCCAAUGCGUUUUCGAUAGCAAGCGCCGUGACGUCUUCGCUGCUGGCGGUCGGUAUGAUCGCUUGAUUCAGAAAUUCGCACCAAAGGUCUUGUCAAACCGACCACAGGCGCAUGCCGUCGGAUUUAAUCUCAGCUCGGAUCGAUUGGGCUCUUCCAUGGCCGAAUACCUCAAGUCCAGGGCACCAUCGAAGGAUGUCGAGUCUGGCUCUGAACUGUAUUGGACAACUCGAAGAUGUGAUGUCCUCGUAUCCAGUUUCGACGCAACCGUCCUCCGCACAAUGGGCGUCAAAAUAAUCGAAGACCUCUGGGCCAACGGCAUCAGCGCCGAACUGGCAGUAGACGCUUCAUCCCUCGAAGAGCUCAUGGCCAAAUACCGAGAACACAAUCACCGCUGGAUCGUAAUCGCCAAACAAGAUAGCAAAGAGCGGGGCUACAAAGUGCGGAAUCUCGUCCGCAAAGAAGAAUUCGAUAUUCGUAGCUCUGAACUCGUUCCCUGGCUCCGAGCUGAAGUGCAAGCCCGCCACCAGCGAGAAGGAACUUCUGAUCCGCGCCAGGCUCGUCAACCCGGUCAACAAGACGCUCUCUUAUCAAAUGAGAAGGCGAAUGACGUGCGCAUUCUCGUCCCUCAACAUCGAAGCAAAAAGACGAAUCGAAGGAAUAUUGUCGAAUCGGCCCUCCUGCGCUCCCGCGAAGUCGCGGAAAACGCCCGCAACGGCCCCGUCGCCGCAAUCGACACCCGCGACGAUGUCCUCGACUCCAUCCGCGACACUCGCCUCUCCGACCCCGACAGCUGGCGCACCGUCAUCCAGAACGCGCCACUGACGGAACGCAAAUACCUCAGCCAAGUGUAUGAAUUGCUAACUGAUUUAGCAUCGGAGAACCGCGCCGAUGAUAGUGGCGAGGGCUUCACGAAUGCCUUUAUCUACAAUUAUCGGACGGGGUCGUGUGUGUAUUAUGAUCUUGGUCCUUGUGAUAGGUGA